AUGGCGAAUAAUGCUGCCUCUCGCGUCGACCAAGGCUCCCUCGAAGCAAUCUUCGAUGGACCGCCAGGGCAACAACUGCAACCCAUCGUGCAAUGUGUACAAGUGAAACCUCUUGCAGGCUCUACUGCCCCUACUGAGAGGUACCGCGUUGUCUUCAGUGACAUCAAGAAUUUCGUCCAGACUAUGCUCGCCACCCAAGCAAAUCAUCAUGUCCACGAAGGAAAACUGAGGAAAGGAUGCUUUGUGAGACUAAAGGGAUAUAACGCUAGCUUUGUCAAAGGAAAGAAAAUUCUCAUCAUACUCGACCUAGAUGUGCUUGAAGAACUCGGCGAAUGCGAGAAGAUUGGCGAGCCAAAAGCCUUGGAGGUCAAACCAGAGGAGGACAACAAGGGACAGCCGGGUACAAUUCAAGGCAACGACUUCUACGGCAACAAAGGCCAAGCUCAGCAAAACAAACAGCAGAGAUCAAUUCCAUCUCACACCAAACCUCCCUCAUCUUCCGCCCACGCCAAUAUUUACCCUAUAGAAGCGCUCUCCCCGUACUCCCACAAGUGGACGAUUAAGGCCAGGUGCACCAACAAAUCAGACAUCAAGACCUGGCACAAUCGAAAUGGUGAAGGCAAGCUGUUUAGUGUGAACCUGUUGGACGAGAGUGGCGAGAUCCGAGCAACGGGCUUCAAUGAUCAAUGCGAUCUGCUAUAUGAGCUGUUCCAAGAGAAUAGUGUCUACUAUAUCUCGAGUCCUUGCCGCGUUCAGAUUGCCAAGAAGCAAUUCUCGAAUCUCAACAAUGACUACGAGCUGACCUUUGAGCGUGACACUCAAGUCGAAAAAGCAGAAGAGCAGGAUGGCGUUCCCCAAGUCCGGUUCAACUUCACCGGCAUCGCAGACUUACAAGAUGUUCAGAAGGAUACCACGGUAGAUGUCGUUGGAAUUCUGAAAGAGGUGGGCGAAACUUCUCAGAUCACAUCCAAGACUACCAGCAAGCCAUACGACAAACGAGAACUCACACUGGUCGACCAAACCGGCUUUUCUGUACGCUUGACAGUCUGGGGAAAGACCGCCGCCAGUUUCGACGUUUCGCCAGACUCCGUAGUUGCAUUCAAAGGCGUCAAAGUAUCCGACUUUGGAGGUCGAAGUCUAAGUCUCUUGAGCUCUGGAUCCAUGACCGUCAACCCUGACAUUGACGAAGCCCAUCGUCUGAGAGGAUGGUACGACGCCCAAGGCCGAACCGACACAUUCGAGUCACACGCAAAUCUGCAAGGUGCCAGUGUCGGGGCAGCAGGUGGUCAACGCAACGAUUACAAAACCAUCAGCCAAGUCAAAGAGGAGCAACUAGGAAUGGGCGAGGAGGCCGAUUUCUUCUCUGUCCGAGCCAGCAUCAUUUUCAUCAAACAAGAAAGCUUCGCCUACCCAGCAUGCACCACGGAUAAAUGCAACAAGAAGGUCAUCGAGACUAACCCCGGUGAAUGGCACUGCGAGAGAUGCAACAUCACGCACCCCAAGCCGGAGUAUCGAUACGUCUUGUCCAUCAACGUCAGUGACCAUACCGGCCAGAUAUGGUUGAGCGCCUUCAACGAGACGGGGGCGUUGAUCAUGGGGAAGUCGGCGGAUGAGUUGAUGAGCCUCAAGAAGGAGGAUGAUAGCAGCGAUUCAAAGAGGUUGGGUGAGAUCUUUCAGGAGGCGAAUCAUAAGAUGUGGAAUUUUAGGUGUAAGGCUAAGCUGGACAAUUUCCAGGAACAGCAGAGAGUCCGGUAUCAAGUCUCCUCCGCGAGUCCUGUGAAUUUCGUGCAAGAGUCGGCUCGGUUGGCGGGAUUGAUCAAGGCUUAUCACAUCUGA